GACGCGUCCAGGACGUGGGGCGACUGCGACCCCGCCGCGGUGGGCCUCGGGCCCGGCGCCGCCGCCCACGGCAGCGCGCUGAGGUCCUGCGGUGCCGCCCUGCUGCGGGGCGCGUUCUCCGCGCGGGCUGCCGAGGGCCUCCUGGACGCGUUCCUGCGGCUGCCACCGGACACCGUCGAGUCGCUCCGGCACGGCACGGUGCGCGCGUCGCGCGAGCAGACGCAUUUGCCCUUUGUGCCGCCCUUCUCGGAGUUGCCGCUCCUGGGGUCCAACCAG